UCUGGGUUUAAUUAUUAUUCUUCGCGUCCGCAUCCACCAAUUUCUCUUUUUUUCCUGGAUGCAAGUUUAUUGGGAAAACUUAUAUAAAUACCAGAAAAAAAUAGAUCAACAACCCCACUCUUCAAUAGAUACAUAUUUUCCACGUCAUUCAGUGAACGGUUAUCAUUACAAAAUAGCUUUGGAAACAAUGUCUUUGAAAAUUUUCGCCAUCAUUUUUGUCGGCUCCGCAAUCCUCCUUUCAGUCUGCCAUUGCCAGGAGGAGACGACGUGUGGGGGCGAAGAAGUGAAAUUGACAGCUUUACAAAAGUUUCAAAUCCAAUCGUGUCUGGAUGCCACAGGGAAAAAAUCAGUGUGGAAAAUCCCUGCAGAUAAGUUGUUAUGUUUUGGAGUCUGUGUUCUGGAAAAGAAAGGAAUGUUAACGCCCACUGGAAAGAUUGAUCAUGCUAAAGCAAUUAAAUAUAUUGAGGAUGCAAUUUCUCCUAAACUGAGAAAGCCCUUGGUUACUGGGAUCGACAAAUGUAUCAAGGAACACGGACAAGACGUCAAAGUUAAGAAUGAUCCUGGCUGUAUGUCAUUCAUGGCAGUGGGACAAUGUGUGCACGAUGUAUAUUUAGAAGUCUGCAUCGGUGAUGACUAACUUUUUAACGGUUCAGAAAAUUUCAUGAAAUCAUAUAUCGUUUUUAUAAAUUUAUACAUUGGAAAAUUUGUAAUUUCUAAAAUUCUGAAUUAUUACUGGGUUAGGGAUUAUAUCUCAAUAAUAAAUACAUAUGCCUAAAUCGAAUAAUUUUAUUUUCACCAUAACCUCAGUUAGUUACGGUUUCAAGUUUCCACCACCACUAGAAAUAAUCCCAAUCAAUGCAAUGAUGCUCUCCUUCCCUUCCGAGUUCCGACAUCAAAAACGAAAAAAAAUUAGAUCAUAUCAUGAUAAUUUGUAUGUAAUAAGUCAAGCUACACCGUAUAUAAGAUUAGAAGCUAAAAUUUUGCAUUUUUAUUCUUUAAAUAAAUUUGAUAUAAAUGUUCUCCCAUUUUGCCACUUAUAAUACAUAAUUAUGUGGUCGAGAAUAUCAGUAUUUUUAUUAUUACAUACAUCCCUGAGAGAAUAUUUGAAAAAAGAAAGUCAGUGCAGACUCGUUAAAUGUUUAAAAGAAGUUACCCAAUUAUUUUAUAAAAUCAGUAUCGAAUAACAAAAAUAUUAAAAC